AUGCCACAUGUGCCACUCUCAUGCGGUGCUUCCGAGGGCCGAACGAGACUGAGACUUCUCACCGGAGCGCUCCAAGCGUUCCCCAAGCGUUCCACCGACACGGUGAUGGCGUCCUUUGCCCUGGCGGCCCUGGCGGCCUGUGAGCCUGCUCAAAGGACGCAGAGGUGCGCUCCGUGCUCCCCGCCUUUUCGUGCUGUGAGGGAGCGGCCGGGGGGGGGCCGUGGCCCGCGGUUUGCGGAGCUUUGCAGCAACCGCCUCAUACAGUAUGCCUUCCUCCAGCAAAGCGGACACUGCUGGCACCUUAGCACAGCAGUCUGA